GGCCGUCCCCGACGUCGUCCAUCCACGUGUACACACAGCGGGAGGUGUACGGCACUGUCGGCUCCCACGUCACCCUCUCCUGCAGCUUCUGGUCCAGUGAGUGGAUCUCCGAGGACAUCUCCAUCACCUGGCACUUCCAAGCCGAGGGCUCCCGCGACAGCAUCUCCAUAUUCCACUACGCCAAGGGCCAGCCCUACAUCGAUGACGUGGGCAGCUUCAAGGAGCGGAUGGAGUGGGUGGGCAACCCCCAACGCAAAGAUGGCUCCAUCGUCAUCCACAACCUGGACUAUACUGACAACGGCACCUUCACCUGCGACGUCAAGAAUCCCCCUGACAUCGUGGGCAAGUCCUCCCAGGUCACGCUCUACGUCUUUUUUGGCACUGUGCCCACCCGCUACGGCGUCGUGCUGGGCUCUAUCAUCGGCGGGGCUCUGCUGCUGGUGGCCAUAGUGGUGGCUCUCAUCUAU